UGGCCCAGGCUGGGGUAUGCAGGAGACAGCUACACUGAGGGUGGUCACAGGAGCUUGCAUGGUUGACGUGCAGCUGGAAAGCUGAUUCUAAGAAAAGGUCAGGGUUUUGUUUUCCUUCCUUUCCUUUUGAUGGAUGGGUUGGUAUCUGAAAGAUGGAUCCUCAAGGCUAAUGAGACUGGUGCCAUUCUAGAAAUGUGUCAUUAUGGGGGUGGGCCAGGGGGAAGGCCCCCAAAGAGCCCAGAGAGCAGAAUAGCUGGCCAGGGAUCAAGAGCCUAUAAGUGUUAGUGCCAGCGCCUCUGCGAGGGCCUCCUGCCAUGCUGUUUCUUGGGCUUCUGUUGCUGCUGAUACUGCUGGCUGGCACCCGCCUGCUAUGGGGCCAGUGGAAGCACAGGAACCUCCACCUCCCGCCCCUCGCCCCAGGCUUCCUGCACAUCCUGAAGCCCAACCUCCCCCUCUACCUGCUGGGCCUCACUCGGAAACUUGGGCCCAUUUACAGGCUCCGUUUGGGGCUGCAAGAUGUGGUGGUGCUGAACUCCAAGAGGGCUAUUGAGGAAGCUCUGGUCAGAAAGUGGGUAGACUUUGCCGGCCGACCCCAGACACCAUCCUUCAAGCUGGUGUCUCAGCAAUACCCAGACCUGUCACUAGGAGACUACUCUCUGCUAUGGAAGGCCCACAAGAAACUGACCCGUUCUGCCCUGCUGCUGGGGAUCCGAGACUCCAUGGAGCCGCUGGUGGAGCAGCUGACCCAAGAAUUCUGUGAGCGAAUGAGGGCCCAGGAGGGCCGCCCUGUGGCCAUCCAGGAGGAGUUCUCUUUCCUCGCCUGCAGCAUCAUUUGUGGCCUCACCUUUGGAGACAGGGACGAAUCCUUUGUAAAUGCUGUUUACGGCUGUGUUCAGGAUCUGAUGAACGCUUGGGACCACUGGUCCGUCCAAAUUUUGAACGUGGUCCCCAUUCUCAGGUUCUUCCCCAACCCAGGUCUCUGGAAGCUGAAGCGGAUCAUAUCAAACAGGGAUCACAUUGUAGAGCAGCAGCUGAGGUGGCACAAGGAGAAUCUGGUGGCGGGCCAGUGGAAGGACAUGACAGGCUACAUGCUCCAAAGGAUGGGGCAGGUGAAAGGGGAUGAGGGCCCUGGAGAGCUCCUGGAAGGGCACGUGCACAUGGCCAUGGUGGAUCUUUUUAUCGGCGGUACUGAAACCACAGCAACCACUCUCUCCUGGGCUGUGGCUUUCUUGGUUCAUCACCCUGAGAUUCAGCAGCGACUGCAGAAUGAGCUAGACCUUGAACUGGGGCCUGGCCCCUUGGGCUCCCAUAUCCCACACAAGGUCCGCACGCGGCUGCCCUUGCUCAAUGCCACCAUUGCCGAGGUGCUCCGUCUACGGCCUGUCGUGCCUUUGGCUUUGCCCCACCGCACCAUCCGGCCCAGCAGCAUCUUGGGCUAUGACAUCCCUAAGGACACAAUCAUUAUCCCCAACCUCCAAGGUGCAAAUCUUGAUGAGACGAUCUGGGAGCGGCCACAGGAAUUCUGGCCUGACCGCUUCCUGGAGCCUGGCAAGAGCCCCAGGGUACUGACAUUCGGUUGUGGGGCCCGCGUGUGCCUGGGAGAGCCACUGGCCCGCUUAGAGCUCUUCGUGGUACUGGCCCGCCUGCUCCAGACUUUCACACUGCUGCCACUUGAGGGCGCCCUGCCCUCGCUGCAGCCCCAGCCCUUCUACACUGUCAACCUCCAGAUGCAGCCCUUCCAAGUGCGCCUGCAGCCUCGGGGCCAGGGCCAGUGACUAGCACAUGCCUCAGU